UUUACUUAGGAGUCCAUAUGGUGUGCCUUUAAUUAGAUAUUAGAGUAAUGCAUAAAAUAUUUUAAACAUGUUUGGGUUUUUUUUUAGAAAAAAAAAAAAAAGAAAAGAAAAGAAAGGAAAAAAAGCAAGCCCAGUUAACACCAAGUCACCACCAUAGCAACAAGCAAAAGGACGUGUAUCAUCUAUGCAGCGUUGCAAAACACGCAACCAGUGCUUCCGGUGCUCCGAUUUCUUUAUCCAUCCAGUUUCUGCCCAGGUCGAGUCUCCUUUAAAUAUCCACCGGAGUGCAUUAAUUAAACCCGAAAAGCUCGUGCAUUCCCUCCCCCGAGUACUAUUUCUAACCGGAGAUCCGCGAUGGCAGCUCGGUGCACGGGCUCACACCGGGAGGGAGCGCGAGGAGAACGCGAGCAUCUCUCCGCCACAGCAUCGCCUCCAUCGCGUGCGCAUCUGACAUCCUGCAUGAUGGGCUUUUCGUAGACUUGCAUGCGCACGAGCUUGUGGAGGUUGUUUGUUUGUUUUUGUAUAUGAAUGCAUGUAUUCGCGUUGUCGAGUUCAUCCUUCGGCAUCCUGUUUUGGCGCCCCGCCGGGGAAUGAGAGCAAGGCAUCAUGGUGCGCAUCCUCAGCGCCCUCGGCUUGGUCAUGUUCAGCGUGGCUCUGCUCAUCCUCUCUCUCAUCAGCUACGUGUCUAUAAAGAAGGACGCCAUCUUCACGGGCCCCAAAUACCCGAGCGGCGGCGGGCCGCGGAUGUACAUGUUUCACACGGGCUUCAGAUCCCAACUGGCAAUGAAGUUUCUGGACCCAGCAUUUACACCCUUGAACAAUGCCCUAAAUGAGAACCUACAGGAGAACUCAUCCAAGUGGAAGUUUAAUACAACGGGCUAUUUAGAGCAAAGUAAAGAGAUUGCCCAGUACAUCGACGUGCCACGCAACUUUACCCUGACCAAGAGCAGCGUUCGUGUCGGUCAGCUGAUGCACUACGACUACUCCAGUCAUAAAUACGUCUUCUCCAUCGGCGAGAACUUCCGCUCCCUCUUGCCUGACUCGUCGCCCAUCCUUAACAAGCGCUACAACACGUGCGCCGUGGUGGGAAACAGUGGAAUCCUGACAGGCAGCCGGUGCGGCGCCGCCAUCGACGCCUACGACUUCGUCUUCCGCUGCAACUUUGCGCCAACUGAGGUCUUCCGCAGGGACGUGGGCCGCCGCACAAACCUCACAACCUUUAAUCCCAGCAUUCUGGAGAAGUACUAUAACAACCUCCUCACCAUCCAAGACCGAAACAACUUCUUCCUGAGCUUGAAGAAGCUGGACGGAGCCAUCUUGUGGAUACCGGCCUUUUUCUUCCACACCUCAGCCACGGUCACGCGCACGCUGGUGGACUUCUUUGUGGAGCACCGGGGGCAGCUGAGGGUGCAGCUGGCCUGGCCUGGGAACAUCAUGCAGUAUGUUAACAGGUACUGGAAGACGAAGCAGCUCGCCCCGAAGCGGCUGAGCACAGGUAUCCUGAUGUUCACCCUGGCCUCAUCCCUGUGCGAUCAGAUUCACCUGUACGGUUUCUGGCCUUUUGGCUGGGACCCGAACACAGGCAAGGAGCUGCCCUACCACUACUACGACAAGAAAGGUACCAAGUUCACCACCAAGUGGCAGGAGUCGCACCAGCUGCCCACCGAGUUCAAGCUCCUAUUCAAGAUGCACACGGAUGGCAUCCUCAAGCUGAGUCUCUCGCACUGCGCAUAGAGGUCAAAGCCUGGAGGUCGGAAGGUCACAUGCUUGUUGAACGUGGAGAUUUGGGCAGUAGAGCUCUUUUAAGGGGCAUAUCGAACUUUAAAUAAUUAAAUAUGCUGGUAUCGAUGACGUCAAGUGCCAAUCAGCAACCUUCAGGCCAAUUUUAUGAUUCGACUUUUACAAACAACGCCCUGACUUGUAUGUCCGGACAGUACAUCAGCCAUACUCGCAGUUAGCAAACGCAGACCUAAUCAUGAGGUCUUUGAGCUUGUUUAUUUGUAUCUGACAUCUAGACGAGCAAUUCAUUGAACCAAGACUUUUGGAAAUGUGUUCACAACAACGACAGUCCAAGGCUCAGAACCGAUACGCCAUUACGAGAGAGACAUUUAGCUUUAAAGGCUAAUAUAAUUAAUAAAACGACACGCUUAUAUUAUAGCAUUCUGUAUAUCUAGGUGAACAUUAAGCGAACACAUCUUGAAGAAUGCUUCAGGAUCAAGUGCUGUUGAUCAGUAAACGUGAUGAUGCUUAACAUGA